UGUUACGUGGCGCUCGACAAAGGCAGUUCUUUUAAAAUGAAGCAAGUCAUCCUCGCUCUCGUAUCGCUUUGCUUCUUCGGCCCUUUUGCAGAAACGUGCGACUCCACAACGAUAUCCGAGGCUAACAUUGACUGCUACAAAAGAUUUGAAAAGGAACAUGGCGGCCUUCCCCGAAAACCAAAUGAUCCAAUUGAGCCAACUGGGAAUAUAAGAUUACUCUGUUGUAUGUUAAAAUACAACAAGUAUUGCGUUCCGAAACUCCUAGAAGACAAAGGAUGCCACCCCGCUGCUGCUCUACAGUCUGCGACGGAGAUAGAGACAAGAAUGAAGAAUUGUCCAACAACCAACCCGAUAUGCGUCCCUCCACCACAGUGCAAGCGAGGCUUACCCGACGCCAAACUCAUUUGCGAGUACAGAUAUAAAAAGGAACAUGGAACCAUAGCUCCAAAGCGUCGUGCAGACCUGCAAGCGAGAGAUCAGGGCCGAGACAAAGUGCACAAAAAACGUUGCUGUCUAAUGCAAUUCAUCAAGGAUUGUGUUCCGAAAAUACUCCAAGAAGAGUACUUAUGUAGUGAUCCAGACUUUCUUGAGAUGUUCUUCGAUCAAAUACGAACCGAGUGUGGAACAUCCAAGUUGGACUGUACAGGUGUCCCUGCACCACAGUGCGAUGACGAACAAUUAUCCAACGCGAUGAAAAUUUGCGAUUACAAAUAUACGGAUGAGCACGAAACCACAGCUCCAAAACGUCGUGCAGACCUACAAUCUAGGGAUUUGAGCCCUGCUCAGGUGCACAAACUACGUUGCUGUCAAAUGGAAUACAACAAGGUUUGUGUUCCGCGAUUUCUCAAACAUGACGGAUGCAGUGAUCCAGAUUUUAUUGAAAUGUUCCUCGAGCAAGUACGCGCUGAAUGUGGAACAUCCAAGUGGGUCUGCAUGAAGUGCAAUCAAAGAGCUAUAUCCGAUGCCGAAUAUGUGUGCUUAAAGAAGUACGAACAGGAACAUGGCAUUAUUUCUAGAGGCCUGAUGUCCGGCAAUGACAAAGGACUGUGCUGCACGUUGGACUACAAGAAGAAUUGUGUUCCAGACCAAUUAAAAGCUAAAGGAUGUGGUGAACAACUUCUUCAGAAUUAUGUUGCAAAGAUACAGCGUGAAAUAACAAACCAAUGUGCAGCAUCGAACUCGAUCUGUGGGACUGUACCGAAGUGCAACGAGAAAACAGUGACCGACGCCGACACUGAGUGCGGCACAAAAUACAAGCAGGAGCACGACGCUAGUACUCUAAAACCCAAUGAAGACAAGAGCAACGAGAUGCGCAAGCAACAGUGCUGUUCCAUGGAAUACAGCAAGCACUGUGUUCCCGAAGUGCUAAAAAGGAAAGGAUGCAGUGAUGAGAUUGCUGCGUCUUUCAUUGCACAGAGGAAGAAGCUGAUGGUGGUAAUGUGUGGAACGUCGAUGGGGCACUGCGACAAGAGCAAGAGCACUGGCCAUAUAAUACAUCCCAUACGGACUUUGUCAACAUUCAUCUUUGUGAUGUCGGUGGGAACAAGCGGCUUUUACGGUCGGUUAUGAUAUCUGCAGGGUUAACUUACCAUUAUAAAGUAUCAUUAUCAGUUUUAUUUUCUUUAUAUUUUCAAUAGUUGAGCAUCGAGGCACAACGACAGGCAAUAAAUAGGUGCUAUGCG